AAAAUACGCGUGAAAAUCUAUCAAAAAUCAGAAACAAGAAACCUUUAUAACCCCAAAAAAGGAAAAAGCUGUGAAGCCUCCAACUCAAAAGCCUCUCUGUAUAAUCUGGUAUUCUCUCGACUUUCAGUGGCAGUAAAAAGUUAAAAACCCCCCCAAAAUCACAAUCCGCACUCCUUCUCUGGGCUUCAUCUUCAGAAGCCCAAAUCUACAGUUUUCUUGGUUGUUGCUGAAAAUCAAAAAGUAGGUAUGAGUUUUAGUCAGUCCCUACUCUUAAUCAAAGUGUUAUAUAAAUUCUGAGUCUCUCACCGCUUUCCUUAGAAAAAAGAAAGAAAAAAACUAUAAAAUCUCAGUUUCUCAGAUAAAUCCUCAAAUACCCAUUAUCCAGAAGCCUUCCUUCUUCCCAAGUUUCCGAUAUAUCUAAUCAAUUUCUGUUUUUGUGGUUCGAAUUUUUGUGGGUUUUUGUUUGAUUUCAGAUUUCUCUCUGAUAAUUAUCCAGUCGCUUUAGUAUUUAGGAUCUAAGUUUUUUUGGCUUUUGGGGAAGCAAUCGUACUUUGAAGAGGAGCGGCAGCUAAAAUAUGAGGACCAUUUGAGUUUUGAACUGUGAUGGCUUGCCCAAAUACAUCAACAUCAAUAGUGCCUUCAGAACCCUUAGAGCAAAGAGGAGCACAUAUAUCAGAUUCAAAUACAAACAUGCUUCAAGCUCCAACAAACCAACCCAGCCGAAGCUUCUCUGAUGGUCCUGUGGCUAUCCUUUGGGAUAUUGAGAACUGCCCUGUUCCUAGUGAUGUCCGUCCUGAAGAUGUAGCUGGUAAUAUCAGAAUGGCUUUGCAGGUGCAUCCUGUAAUUAAAGGAGCGGUUAUGACGUUUUCUGCUUAUGGGGACUUUAAUGCCUUCCCCCGGCGACUCCGUGAGGGAUGCCAGAGAACUGGUGUUAAACUAAUUGAUGUUCCAAAUGGAAGAAAGGAUGCUGCUGACAAGGCUAUCUUGGUUGAUAUGUUCCUGUUUGCCCUUGACAAUCCUCCACCUUCUUCCAUCAUGCUGAUCUCCGGGGAUGUUGAUUUUGCUCCAGCGCUUCAUAUACUUGGGCAACGUGGAUAUAUUGUGAUCCUAGUAAUCCCUUCUGGAGUUGGUGUUUCAUCUGCUCUCAGCAAUGCUGGUAAGUUUGUGUGGGACUGGCCUAGUGUGGCACGCGGAGAAGGCUUUGUGCCUGCUACUAAGGUUUUAAUGCAUCCUCGUGGGGGUCACUCUGAUAUUUCUGGGUAUUUCAUGGGUUGCCACAUCAAUGAUAAUGUAGAUAUCCAAAAUGAAGAAGAAGCUAUCUUAUAUAGGGGAGUAUCACAAAGCUAUUACAACUCAAGAGAUUUUUCAAUAGUCUCACAAUCAGUAUCUGAAUUCAACAGUAGUUCCUUAAUGAUGCCUUGCUGUCCCACUGCUUCAAGGUCACACAGUCUCCCGUCUGGUCUCAAUGAAGUUUCUGCUGGACCUAUAAUUUCUGGUGAUCAAAAUGAAUCUACUUGGUGGGUUCAGCCAGGGGACCUAAAUGGUCUGAAGGGACAGCUUGUAAAAUUGCUUGAACUUUCGGGAGGUUGCUUGCCUCUUAUCAGAGUUCCUUCUGAGUAUCAGAAAGUUUUCGGAAGGCCUCUUUAUGUAGCAGAGUAUGGUGCGUUCAAGCUCGUAAAUCUGUUCAAGAAGCUGGGUGACACAAUGUCUGUAGAGGGAAAAGGGAACAAGAGAUUUGUCUACCUCCGAAACUGGAAAACAGGCCCAAGUGCACCACCUUUGGUUUUGUCAAAGAAGGAUAAUAAGAAAGGGAAGGGGACUCAAGAAGAGUGCAUGGAUAUUACUACAGGCAAUGGCUCAUCAGAUGAGUUCUCAGAGGAGGAAAGAGUUGUUGUAGAAGAACAUGAUGAGAGAAGCCAAGGAAAGACCAAUGUGGGAACAGCAGGUAAAUGUGAAAUUGAUGACCGCAGUCUUGAGAAUUUCAAAUAUGAGUUGCAAGAGAUUCUUGUCAGUUACUCUUGUCGGAUUUUCUUGGGCUGCUUUGAGGCGAUCUACCAGCAAAGGUACAAAAAACCUCUGGACUAUCGGAAGUUCAGCGUUAAUCAGCUAGAGGAACUGUUUGAGAAGGUGACAGAUGUGGUGGUGUUGCUUGAAGAGCCAGUUAGCAAGAGGAAGUUCCUGGCUGCAAGUGGUGGCUAAAAAACUGAGGUGGUUUGGCUGCUGGUUCUAGUAGUUUUCUGAUGCUUUCAACUCUCAUCUGCUGACCAUAGGGUUUAGGUAUGCUUACCCUAGCCCAGCAUCUCUCCCACUCCUUUUUGAAUAUUUUCUUUUUUUACAAAUUUCAUAAAGGGAAAAAAUAGACAGAUGAGGCUUGGGGACGACCUUUUUUUUUUAAAUGUUAAAUGUGCCCUGCAUGGAUUUGAAAUUAAUAUUUGAAAUUUCCAUGCCCGGUCAUCUGUAACUGAUCGACUGCUAAUGGGAGAUCUUCAUGUAAAUUUACUUGUAUUUCGCUUUUGUGCUGGAUUAUAAUAAAACAGGAAUUAGAUUUACCUAUAAA